AUGAGGGCGGUGCAAAAACCAGUGUAUUUGGUUCAACUCUAUGCGACCAAAGUCACUGACGAAAUCGCACACGGUGUGCACAGCCUUGUUCAAGCCAUGGCGUUGAACGAAACCACCAAGCUGGCAAUGUACAUGGAGCACCUCUUAGCGACAGUUCAAUCAACUCAAAUGCGUCUGUACAGAAGUCACAGCCCGACGCGUGCACAAGUGGAAGCCAACGUCCCGCUGCAUCUGUUUGUGUUUACGCUGCAGUCGUAUGUAGCUACGUUGAUCGAAUUUGAAGCGUUAUUCAACGGGAAGACUCGGCUUACGCGCGCCCGCGUGGUCAACUUUGUUCAAAAUGUGGUCGCUUCGUACAUAAACCCUGACAAUUAUUCGCGCGAGAAGCUCACGACGGCAGCCAAAGUGGCCAUGGCCAUCCUGAUUGCGUGCUUUCUGUCGGUGUUUACGUUUGGGUACUCUUCCACAACGGCGGGGGCUGUUGCGUAUGUGAUGGGCAAUCACAUUGGCGGGUCGUUCAGUGUGACCGCAAACCGAGUCGGGGGGGUCAUCACUGGCAGCAUAAUUCCAUCCAUCUGCCUCUUUUACAUUUGCUCGUUCGGGUGCGGCAGCAACAUCGUCGUGCUCGCAGUCACCAACAGUCUCUUGUUUGUGUGGGUGACGUUUUCCAUGUAUAUCAAGUGGAAGGGCGGGUUUGAGUCUUAUGCGGGUCUUAUCUCGGCGUUUACGGCGACCCAAGUACUGCUUAAAGGGUGCGACGGGUGCGAAAAGGGGUCGGUGGCACCGAUUUCGUCGUAUUCGAACCUGGCGCAGAUGAGUUUGGGGAUUGUGCUGUUUAUUAUCGUGGAAAUGGCCAUCUGCCCGCAAAGCGCCAUGGCUCUGCUGCGUGCCAACAUCCAAAAGCAAAUGAAGCUGUACCAGCAGUGCUUUCAAGUACUUGUGCAAGACACAUUGGCCCGAGACGGCGCCGUGGCCACCGAAGAUGAAGAUGACGAAGCUACAGCGUCGGAAAUCAAGGCGAUUGUCAAGAAGAAGCUCCCGGCGUUGCUGGUUGAACAAGCUGCAUUGCUCAAGGAAGCAGCGUUCGAGCCGUUGCUGUGGAAGCCGCCAUUUUCGACGCAAAAGUACGAAGCUGUGCUCGAUUGUUGCCAGCGACUGCUGAACAACACACUGGUGCUAUUCAAACUCACGCAAUGGUAUAAGCACCGCAUGAAUCUCCAGCAUCCAUCUGCAUCUCCAUCUUCUCGUCCCCCCAACACCCCCCCCACAAGUCGAUUUCCUACUAAAAUGGACGUCACAAAGGCACUGGUAAAUACAACAGUCCCAGAUAACGAAGUCUGGGGCUUCUCGACCGCCCAAGCCAGCCGAGCCAUUCACGAUACAUUCGACACGCUCCACGAUUUGUUUGGCGAGUCGUUUACGUACGCUGACGGGGACCAGACGGCGCUGUUUAUGCAGAUGAAGGAAGCGUUUCGGUUGGCAGACAAGGACUGCAGCGGUGAAAUCGAUGCCGACGAAGUCAAGUCGAUGCUCGAGAUGAUCUUUGCCCAGUCUGGCGCGGUCAAAGUCGACGCUAUUGACAGCUACGUGGCCGAGUUUAUGGAGAUUGUCGACAGCGACAAGAGCGGCAAAGUCAGUUUGGAAGAGUUUAUCGACGCCCUCGAGCACGGACUGCAGCUCCAAGUUGAAGUGUUUCAGCAUCGGUCCACUACCAAGAAAAAGUACACGUCCGUGAGCAAAACUACGGCGACAAUCGAGCCAGUAUUGGCCCCCAUCGCAGAGGACGAAGUGCCAGUAGCACCUCCCCCUUUGGCUAUAUUAGAGGAUGAUCAUAUGGCUGGGCCCCCCAUUGUCAUGUUGGAGGUGCCCCCCCUGCCUAGUAGCGAGGACGACGUCGAACCCACCCGAAAACUGUCGAGUUCGUCGGCCGUCAACGACGCCAGCCAGCUCACUCGAUCGCACGAUCUGCUCCUCAGCGUCGACUCGCUGGCAUUGGUGGAGGUUGUCCAGGACAUGCGGUCGCAAUAUGCCUCGUGGAUGCUGCAAGACCACCGGUACACCCGGCUGUCGGUGGAGGAGAUUCUCGUGCUCAACUGUCUGGUCAGUGGCGUCAGCGGGUUUGCCAGAAACUUGGCGCUACUCGAAGAAAUGUCCGUGCUGCAGUGAGGCGUGUACUCACACGAUGGAGGAGUUGGAUGUAGUCAUUUGGAGUCCACGAAUGUGUUAAUGGACUGUAUAACGUUACA